AUGCGCUUCACGCUUCUGGGUUUCGUCUCUGCGGCUCUUGCACUGCCAGCAGCCCUGCAGUCUCGUGCUGAGGAGUCCAUCUACUGGCUGGAGGAUGGGGGUGAUGCCUUUUUGGCCACUACUGUUGCGGAAGGUUCCUCAGGACACAACUACGGCCAUAGCGGCGCAACGACCAAGUCCUUCCGGGCUGGCGGUGAUUGGGGAUGGGUGAUCGACGAUGUAGGCGCUCACAAAGACGACUACAAAGUAUAUGUCACCAUCCAGUUCGGGCACAACGAUCAGAAGCCAGCAAAUGGUGUCUCGCUUGCUGACUACAAGGUCAACCUCGCGAAUUUCGCCGCUGAAGCCACCUCGGCAGGUGCCACACCUAUCCUGCUCACUCCUUUGACUCGCCGCAGCUUCAGCGGCGGUAAGGUCAUCGAGAACCUUGCCAACGAGACCGCUGCGACCAUCGAGGUUGCCGAGGCGAACGGUCUGCACUGGAUCAAUCUGAACGAGGCAUCCACCAAGUACGUCAACGCCAUUGGGUCGAGCGCGGCAGACAAGUACAACCUGGCUGCCGGUGACCGCACGCACGUUAACGAGUGGGGUGGCGUUGUCUUUUCCAGGAUCGUCAGUGAUUUGUUGGUUGGAAAGUACCCUGAGGAGUUUGAGAGCGCGACGUUGAAGAACGAGACGCUAAGCGCUCUGAUUGCUGCGGGUACGGCUGCAUGAUCGCUUUGAAGUGUAGAAAGCGAA